AUGUCUCAGUGUGGAAGAACCAAAGCUUAUUAUCAGAGAGAACCUGCGUUGCCGGAACAUGGCUUGCCUCAAUGCCCGACGAUACGAUCUCUAUCAACCCUUUUAAGCCGCGCCCUCACUUCUUCUUCUUCUUCUUCCGUUCCUUCCCGUUCUCGCCUCACUGUUGCUCUCCUCAACAAAACCCCAAUAUUUAUCCCCGAUGCAACCAGAAUCCUGACCCGAACCAAGACAUACGGGUCCGGCUACUUGCCUUUUCGCGACCCUUCCCGAUUACCAGCGGUUGUCCUAUAUGGCCGUGGUGACGAACAUUGGCUUAUCAUUUUGGAAUUCCCAGAACGCCCAAAACCUUUGGAAGAAGAAAUGAUCGAUACCUAUGUUAAAACUCUCGCUUCUGUUGUCGGCAGUGAAGAGGAAGCGAGAAAGAGAAUAUACUCUGUCUGUACAACGAGGUAUACUGGGUUUCGUGCUCUUUUUUCUAAGGAUUUGGUCAAAAAACUUGGAGAGUUACCUCGUGUACGCUGGGUUUUAUCAGAUGAUUUUAUCUAUGGUCAAGAUAGUUAUUAUGGAGGGGAUUUGUUUGUUGAUGGGAAUGUGAUUCAUAGACCCCCGCAGCACGGAGUUGGAGAAAGUGCUGAUUAUGAUCUUUGGGUUAUCAAAUUCGAAUCCCCGAGAAAUAUCAAUUUCUAUGUUAAAUUCCUCUCUUGUUUAGUCGGCAGUGAAGAGGAAGCGAAAAGGAGAAUAUACGCCGAUGGGGGUAGACUAACGAGGUAUACUGGGUUUUGUGCUGUUAUGUCUAAGGAGAUGGCUUAUGAACUUGAAGGGUUUCCUCUUGUAAAACGUGUUGAUCGGGUUUCAGAGGCCGAAAAUGACGCAUAUCUUGAAACUAAGGAAUUAUUAUCAUGGGAAUUCCUUGAUGCUGGACCAACCUUUAAGGAAUUCCUUUAUGUUGGACCAACCUUUGAGAAAUUGCUAGCAAGAGAGGAGAGGAGACUGUUGCGAUUACUAGAUUUGGUGAUGCACCAGAUAUUAAACGAUAUUUAUACUCGUAAAAUGGACGAAACCGAAACCGAGGGCUAGGACCAGAUCUUUUCCGAUUUGGUGGAUUCAUAAAUCUCUUUAUUUAUUUUAAUUUCGAAAACUAUUCUAUUUCUUCGAUAUUAGAAGAGUCAUAAUUAUUUGAAUUAUUAAUUCGUGUAAUCUCCAUUCCUAAUGAAUACUUGUUGUUAUUAUUUAAAAUAUAUAAUUUUGAUUAUUUAUAAA